AAUGUUUGUGGUUUGACGGCAUACAACAAGAGGUAGCGGACAGUUUUAUUUUUUCACGCCAAGUUUUUAUAAAAACAAACAUAUUUUUGUGCUAUUAAAAAUAUAUCCGAUAAAAAAAAAAACAUAAUAAAAAUAAUACUUCACAGCAUUGAAAAAAAGUUCAAUGAAAUUCUGGAAACUUAUGAUUGAAUGAAAUAGUUUUGUUUGAAAAGAUAAAUGUUUAUUUAUAUAUGAAAGAAAAAUUGUUGGAGUUGCUUCUAAAAAACAACUUAAAGUAAUAAUAAUAAAUCGAAUCCUUUAUCAAUUCAAAUGAAUGGAAAUUAAGUUUUCUUAACAAAGCACCAAACACAAUAUGAUGGAAGUAAAACAGAGUGCGUCCGUUGACUUAAAUGACCUCUUGGCCCCUGUAAAAAGCACUGAUGUUACAGAUGGUGUCAGCGAUGUAGUGAUGAGAGACUUAGCAGAAGAAGUUAAACCUGCCCAACUGAAUUGUGAUGACAUUAUAAAAACAGAUAAUGAUUGUGAAAAAUCAAACAAUGGUAUAGUUACAAAUGGUGGCGAUGAAACUAUAUCUUCCUUAAUUGAUUUGGAAUCGACGGCAGCUGCACCCGUCACGUCAGAUCUUGAAGAUGCUUUAUUAGCCGAGGAUGAUGCUUUGCCCAAAUUGACAGAUGUCAAAGUAAAUAGCAUUGCAUCCUCAGUGUCGGUGGCAGUGGAUGAUAUUUUAGCCGAUAAAGUUGAGACAUCCAACUCUACCACCAGUUCAACUAAUGUCCGUGACCCUGGUGAUGACCUAGAUACCCUACUGUCUAAAAUUAAUGACAUCGUAGAGGAUUGUUUAGACGAAGAAAGUGCUGUGACUGAAGAAAAAGAAAAUGAAGUAGAAGCUGUCAGUAAUGCUGCUGAUGAAUCAAAAGUCGAAACUAUGGAAGAUAGUGUAAUUUUAUUAGAUGAUACAGCAGCAAAUGAAAGUUGUUUGGAAGUUGAUAAAGAGGUAUCGACAGCACUGGAAACUCAGGAAGAGUCAAAAGAUGAGGUGGAAACCAUUACACGGGAAGAUAACUCCUGUGCAGAAAUUAAAGAAACGGAAGAAGUCGCAACUGAAAAGAAAGAUGAAACCGUCAGUGUCAUUCCUCCAAAUACCGAAGGAAUGACUGAAGAAACCAGCAAAGACGAAGGUAAUGUUGAAAGCAUUGCCGAAAACAAAACUGGUGAUGCCAAAACCAAUGAUGCAGAGGAUGUUUCACCAACUUAUGAAGCUGACACACCGACCACUACAAAAAUCACAGAAGAAAAAAUCGCUGAAGACGUUCCUCUCGAGAACGCUGAUAAAUUAUUGGAAGAAGAAAAUACUAACGAUCUGGACAAGAUGUUAGUGGAUGAUGAAGAGACAGUAGAUUCUAUCAAAGAAAAUGAGUUGUUGGAUGCUAAGAACGAUGAAGAUACGGUAUUUACAGAAAGCGAUAAAAUCGAUGACUUGAUUCUAUCCGAAGAUGAAAAGGAUCUCAAUACUGAAAAAUCAAAAGAAACAGACGAUAAUGAAACAAAGACUUUGGAUGAAGAACAAAAGAAACCCGAUGAGGUCGACAAUACAAUAGAAGAGAACCAUUCAGAGAACAAAACUAAACCUCAAGAUUCUAAUGAUAUUAAGGAAGACCAGGAAUCAAAUGAAAGUAAUACCGUAACACCUGCAGCAUUGGAAGAAAAGGAAAGUCCAAAGAAGGUGGAAGAAACAACAGAAAAUGAUGAUUCAGACGAUGAGAUUGUCUUUUAUGUAGACAAACCACCAGAAAAGCAGGAUGAGGCGAAAUUGUCAGAAGUGGAGGAUACUGAGACAAACUCCGAAAAAUCUUCGGUUCCAUUAACUUCAGAAGAAAAACAACCAAAAGAAAACAAAGAAAAAUCUGAGGAAGAAAAUGACAUUGUCAUCUUGGACGAUGAUGAUGAAAUGCAAAUUGACAAAAUAGCAAAGGAGACAAGUCCGAAAAAGAAAGAAAGCGAAGAAAAAAGUAUGGACACAGAAAAAACUAGUGAAAUACCCACAAAGACAAAUGAGGAAAGCGAAAAAGAGAACAAGGAAGCCGAAAGAAAACAUUCCACCAUUGACAUGGAUAAUUCAGAUAAUGCUCGCGAUGACUUUGUUGUUGGCACAGAUAAAGCGACGAAAAAACCUGAUGAUGCCGAGGAGAAUAGUAAUUGUAGCAGUAGUAGCAAUUUAUUGCUGGAAGCAAAACAAAGUGACAAUACCGGUGAUGAACCAACACCUGAGGAAAAUGAAAACGACGAAGAAGAUGAUGAUGGUGAUGUGGAGUUAAUUGAAACUGAAUCUAAGGAAGCUGAGAUUUCUUCAGAAAAGGGCGAUGAAUCCUCCGAAGCUGUUCCACCUGCCAAACGUCCAAGACUGAGUGAGGACAGUGAAAUAUCCUCCUCCAAAACAGAUGAAGAUAGCAAAAGUAGAAGAACAUCAGAAUGUGUGGAAAAGAAAACGGAGGCUGAAAGUGCCUCCACUAGCAUUUUAUCAACAUCGCUUAAACGAACCCACGAUGUCAUUGAAUUAGAGAUGGACAAUGAAAAGUCCAAUGAUUCUAAGAUAUCCGUUGCAGAAAACUCCACGAAAAAACCAAGAACAGAGGAAACUGAGGAUAAGAAAAUUGUGGAGGAUGUAAAGAAGAUGGAUGAAAAGGUCAUAAAAACUGAUGAAAGUAUCGAUGAGAAGAAAGUGGAUGUAAAGAAGGAUGUUUUAAAGAGUGAACCCUCUGAAGAGCCCAUACGCUUGUAUCCUGCACCAAAUCUAAAGAAUCUGGGAGAAGGCGAUGCAAUUAGUUUGGGCUUUUUGAAAAAAUUCCGCAAGUCCUUUGACAAAAUGACAAAACAAGAUCUCGAAGAGUUGGUCUUACAGAAGGUGGUUGAAGCCAUUAUACAUCGCAGUGAAUUUGCGGAAAUGCGGGAGCUAAUUGAGAAACAGGAAAAACUGAUAACAUCACAUCGAGCCAAAAUAUCUGAAUUAUCCAAACAGUUCCGGGAUCUUGAAAUGGUGCACAAUCGUGUGGUCAAAGAUAUUGAACAACGAAAUGCUCAGUUCAUAAUGCCAGUCAAAAUUACACGAGCUGUUGGUCUCCAAGUGUACAUACCCAAUAAGAAGACUCUCAUGGAAGCAAAUGCUGCCGCUUCUGCUGCUGCGAGUGGCAGUAGUUCAAGUAAUAUACCGGCAGUUUCCCCACAACGUGCAUCGACUGCACCAUCGCACAGUAACCUAACAUCACCUCAAAGACAAUUCAAUCCUCCCCAAACCAAUGUCGAAUCGGCUUUACGUACUGCAUCCAAUGCUAACGUCAAUUCAACGUCAACGAAUACGGCACCAAGACGUGGAUGCGCUCAAAAAGUCACACCCAUUCGACCAAUGCCCAGCAGUAAUUCAACGUCAUCGGUUAACGCUUCGCCAACCUCCAAUACGGCAACACAAGUUUAUCGCAAUAAUCAUACCCAGAACCAAUUGCAACAACCAAGAAUAUUGAAUAAAAAUGCCACGCCAUCUCCAGUGGGUGCUACGCAGACGUCAAAUAUGAAUGCAGCAGCCAUUCAAAGGCAGAGAUAUAUACAGCAGUCUAAGGCAUCGCCCAAUCAGGAUGUUUCGGCUCAGCGAAUACCACAGCAGCAGCAGCAGAGCCCUAGACCGCCAGUCGGCAAUUUGCAUAAUAACCAACGUGUUGUGCAACAGCAGAAAAUGCCCAACAAUACAACCGCUGUUCCACGUCGUCCCGAUCCCACACCAUCUGCUGGGACCAACAAUUCAUCUUCUUUGGAUAAUUACAUGAACACAUUGACACAGCUUACUGGCGGUAAUACUGCUGUCAGCAUAACACCAGCAAAACCGAAAGAGAAAGCCGUCAUUGAUCUAACCGAUGAAGAUGAAAUACCACCACCCGCACCACAUCCGAUUAGUCCACAGCAAACAAAUUCUGCGUCAAUUGCGCAAGCACAACGGCGUAGUUUACCUGCACAGAGUAGUAACGCAAAUGUGUCACAACAGUAUGGUCGGACAGCACCGCCGUUGGCACGUAUACCACCCUCUCAGGUGGCGAACAGCAAUAAAAAUCGUAUGCAAGGUCUUAAAAAUAACUCAUUUGCAUCAACAAUAAGUACACCUCCUGGAACAAGUAUUACACGCAUUAAUGUGGCAGCAAAUACUCAGGUUACACAACGUGUUAAAUACAGUCAUCCGGCUCCGUUGCCUGCCACGCCGCCACAAGCAUUUAAUCCUAACUGGAAGUUACCGCCUCCAAGACCUACUAUACGUAUAAGUAACCUGGACAAUGGCAUUGUCAUCUCUUGGACAAUGGAGGAAUCUAUGGAUCGCCAUGCCGAAUGUGUCAGCUAUCAAAUUUAUGCCUAUCAAGAAACAUCAGGUCCUCCCAUGGCCGACUCAUGGCGUCAUGUGGGCGAUGUUAAGGCCAUGUUACUGCCCAUGGCCGUAACCCUUACACAAUUUCAAGAGGGUCAACGCUAUUUCUUUGCCGUGAGAGCUGUUGAUUGCCAUCAACGUUAUGGUCCCUUCAGCUUACCAAAAACCUGGAGUUAAAUUGUUAGCUCCGCUUCCGUCACUCUCAUCUCCUUUUCAUGCACGCUUUGAGAGUGCCUAAAACCAACCCCCACAACUAAAAAAAAACAAAAUAAGGAAAAUUUGAAAAUAAUUUGAUUAUUGAAUUUACAAACAUUUUUUAUCCAUUUGCUACUGGAUAUGUAAUUAGAUAUUUAUUUUAUUUUCUCUUAGGUUUAAAUUCAUUUUACAUUAAUCAUAAGACUCUCCUUCCUUGUAGAGUAACAUCCAUAGAUAGCUGCUCACAUUCACACAAAUUCAAAGACACUCAUCAACUAACUCCAUGGUGGUUAUUGCAAAUGAAGUAAUGUAAUUUAUUUGACUUUAAAUUGCUUUGUUUUAUUAUUUAUUAUUUUAAAGUUGAAUCUUCAAAAAAUGGUAAACAUUUGCUUACCAUAAUCCAACCACCGCCCUUGUUUUUUCUUUUAAUGAAUACGUGCACACACACACAUACGUCAGCAGUAAGGUGUUUUAAGUUUUAUCGAUUAUUAGCUUACCUUUAUAAUUUAAUUGUAGUUUUUAUGUUUAUAUACAUAUUUGCAUUUUUUUUUAAAUCGAUAACCUAUUAAUCACAUUUAAAACUUUAAACAAUAACUAUUUCAGCUGUUUGAACAGCCAGAAAUGAGCAACAUCGCAGACAUUAUUUAGACAUAUAGCUUUAAAUGGCUAUAUUUUAAUUUAUAUUACAUGAAUAAUAUAGAAUAUAAAAUGCAAAAGAAACUGAAAUCAAUCUGCUAUAAAUACAUAGGGAGAGAUAUUGAAAAAACAAAAUAAUAAUAAAUUCUUAAUACAAUAUUGAAAA